ACGACGACGACGGGGGGUGCCGUACGUCGCGAUCACGAGGACUCACUCGACACCGUGCCGAGACCGGCCUAGAGGUCUGAGACGGGCAAACACGCACUCGAGAUCGCCCGGUCCGAUAAGUAGCGCGCGCGGCCGCGCGCACAGGCACAUCAAGAUAUCGAUCGGUACGGCUCCGAGCCUAGCUAGGCGCGGCGCUCGAGGGGUCAUCGGGGGAGAGUGGCGGAGGCUGGCCGAUCAAGAUGGCCGCCGCGAGGGAGGACGGCGAGGCCGCGCUGCCGCUGCUGCUGCCGCGGGCGGGAGCGGGCGGUGGUAAUAAGGAGGAGGCGUCGUCGUCCUGGUGGAGGCUGUGGGCGCGGGAGGCCGGGCGAGUGGGCUACCUGGCGCUGCCCAUGGUGGUGGUGAGCAUGUCGCAGAACGUUGUGCAGGUGUCCUCCAACAUGAUGGUCGGCCACCUCCCCGGCGUGCUCCCGCUCUCCUCCGCCGCCAUCGCCACCUCCCUGGCCAACGUCACCGGGUUCAGCCUCCUGAUUGGAAUGGCAAGCGCACUGGAGACACUAUGUGGCCAAGCCUACGGUGCAAAACAGUACCAUAAACUAGGUGUAGACACUUACAGAGCAAUAGCCACCCUCCUGGUGGUCUGCAUCCCACUCUCACUUAUCUGGGUGUUCAUGGACAAAGUCCUGGUCCUCACAGGACAGGACCUCCUUAUCUCCCAUGGAGCCGGGAGGUACAUGAUCUGGCUGAUCCCGGGGCUCUUCGCCAACGCGGUGAUCCAGCCGAUCACCAAGUUCCUGCAGACGCAGAGCCUGAUAUACCCUCUGCUGCUGUCGUCCAUCGUCACCAUGGCGAUCCACAUCCCUCUGUGCUAUGUGAUGGUGUUCAAGACUGGAUUUGGCUACACCGGCGCGGCUCUGACGACAAGCAUAUCGUACUGGCUGAAUGUGGGCAUGCUUGUCGGGUACAUCGUGUUCUCGAGUUCUUGCAAGGAGACACGCACACGCCCGACGAUCGAAGCCUUCAGGGGGGUAGACGCGUUCCUGCGUCUAGCUCUGCCUUCUGCACUCAUGAUCUGUCUUGAAUGGUGGUCAUUUGAGCUCCUUAUUCUAUUGUCAGGAUUUCUACCCAACCCAGAGCUGCAGACCUCAGUGCUUUCGAUCUGCCUCACAAGUGUAACAUUGCUCUUCACUAUACCUUUCGGACUUGGAGCUGCUGGGAGCACACGGGUGGCAAACGGACUGGGCGCUGGGAACCCUGACGGAGCUCGAUCAGCAGUCCGCGUCGUGCUUUCCAUGGCGGCGAUGGAUGCGGUCAUCGUGGGCGGGACUCUUCUAGCGGCACGGCGCCUCGUGGGCCUCGCGUACAGCAGCGAGGAGGAGGUCGUAUCUUUCGUCGCCGCCAUGGUUCCUCUGGUCUGCAUCACUGUUGUGACUGAUAGCAUACAAGGAGUUCUCUCAGGCGUCGCCCGAGGGUGCGGCUGGCAACACCUGGGCGCGUACGUCAACCUCGGCUCCUUCUACCUGCUGGGGAUCCCCAUGGCGAUACUCCUGGGCUUCGUGCUGAACAUGGGAGCGAGAGGGCUUUGGAUGGGUGCCGUCUGCGGCUCCCUGUCACAGUCCACGUUCAUGUCCGCUAUCACCUUCUUCACUGACUGGCCCAAGAUGGCUGAGAAGGCUAGGGAAAGGGUGUUCAGCGAGAAGUCACCGGAGGCUGGGCCGUGAUGCCUACUGGAGUAGCGGCACCUCUACAUUUACAGUCCAAUUUUGCAGGGGAGGCGUGAACGCGUCUGUUACUCGGAAGGGAGAGGGAAAUGAGGCCAAUUCACGUUCCUUCGUAGUAGGCAAACGUGGUUCUUGCUCGUUAUGGCAAACGGGCCAAACCAUGCCCGUUUACUCGUCAAGGCAAAGAGGGUUCUUGCUUUCUGCCUCGUUUUCCCACGAUUGAUUUUUGUAUACAUGAAUUCAGAGAAAAACGGAAUCAUAACUCUUAUUUUUAAAUGUGUAUUGCACGCAUGGAAUCCGUCAC